AUGAUUCGUGGUCGCGAAGUCUAUGGGGACGACUGGGAAACGCACCAAUAUGGUGGGAAAUCGUUCUGUUUCCGACGUCUCUCGUAUCUCCAGAACAAGUUCCAGUUGCACGUGCUUUUGAACGAACUCCGCGAGCUUCAUGAGCAAAAAGCCGUUUCCCAUAGAGAUUUCUACAAUAUCAGAAAGGUCGAUACCCACAUUCACGCUGCAUCAUCGAUGAACCAGAAGCACUUGCUUCGAUUCAUUAAGAAGAAGAUCCGAACUGAGGCCAAUACCGUGGUACUGGAGAAGGUCCUGGUCCCAUCUUCAACUGCUUCAGAUUCAGAAAACAACAAGCCAGUCACCAUGAAGGAAGUGUUCAAGAAAAUGGGAAUCGACGCCUACGAUCUCUCCGUAGACAUGCUGGAUGUGCAUGCAGACAGGAAUACUUUCCAUCGCUUCGACAAAUUCAAUACGAAGUACAAUCCAGUUGGCGAGUCGACAUUGCGCGAGAUUUUCAUCAAGACCGACAACUAUGUGGGAGGUUCUUUCGGACCUGGAAGACUUCAAAGUACACCGAAGCUGACCCGCGCUGUCUAUAUAACGGCAACCAGCAAGGAUGAGUGGGAUAAACUCGCUAAAUGGGCAAUCACUCAUGAUGUAUGGAGUCCGAAUUCGAAAAACAUAGGUGGAAGACUUCGACGAGCUUCUCGACAAUCGUGUUCACAGUCACUUUUUGAGGCCACAAAUGACCCGUCGUCACAUCCAGAUCUCUAUCGAUUCCUCCAACAAGUCUCCGGUAUAGAUUCAGUCGAUGACGAAAGCAAGCACGAAUUCGUUCAUUUUGACCGAUCAACACCCAGUCCGAAAUUAUUAAGCGAUAAAAAUUCCUCCAUAAUAAUUAGAUCUGUUCUAUAUAGAGCGAGGCAUGAACAACAUUUUCUCUACGACCUCACUGUGGAGAGGCUGGUCACGUUAAUCACCUACUUACGGGAUAUCUCACCAGUGAAAGUUCCAGUUCUUCAGUAUCUUUUCUAUCUAACGAAUAUGGGUAUUGCGAUGUCGCCAUUAUCAAAUAACUCGUUAUUUAUCAGUUAUCAACGUAAUCCGCUUCCAGAAUAUCUUCAGAAGGGGCUUAACGUUUCAUUGUCCACUGACGACCCUCUACAGUUCCAUUACACUAAGGAAGCUUUAAUGGAGGAAUACUCGAUCGCUGCACAGGUAUGGAAACUAAGUUCAUGUGAUAUGUGCGAACUGGCACGCAAUAGCGUUCUUCAGAGUGGAUUCGAAGAUAAAGUCAAAAUUCACUGGCUAGGCCCACAUUAUCAAGAAGAAGGAGUGCUUGGUAAUGACAUUCAUCGGACGAACGUCCCAGAUAUUCGAGUGUCAUUCCGUCAUGAAGGCACAUGUGGAUGA